CAAACGGAGAAAAAAAUUGUUUAUCUGAUUUUAAUGACAUAUUAAAUCUCACUCUAAAGUGGUCUCUAAGGUUUCAGAGUUUCUAGGGAGGAGAAAAGGCGAAUCUUUUCUGUUCUCCAGAGUAAGUCGGAGCAAAUGCAACCCAUUACAAAAGACUGUGAAGUAGAAGUGUCUUACGACAAGAAUGGCGUGAAAGGCGCUUGGUACAGAGCCAUUCUUGGAGACAGCCCAACCAAAUCACAACAACACAAGUUGCUCCGAGUCCGUUACACGACGCUGCUCAAAGAAGACCGUUCGUCUCACCUGACCGAAAUCGUGGAUCAUAGCUUAAUCCGACCUGUCCCACCUAAGGAUGACGGAGCUGAGUUUGAGGAAGGCUUGGUGGUCGACGCUUAUUACAAAGGUGGUUGGUGGAGUGGUCUGGUUGUUAAAAGGAAAGAGGAGGAUGGUACAUAUCUUGUUUCUUUCGAUUCACCACCAGACAUCAAUCAGUUCGAGCGAAAGCAAGGAAUUGGGCAAGUCCGUGUUUAGUUCUGGGACCAUGGUUGAGUUGAGGUGGUCUUUUGCUUGGCGUCCGGCAAUGAUAAUUAAAGAGGUGGAGAAUGAGGAGAAAUUCAUUGUCAAGUACUGUGAUGAUACGUCCUGCAGAUUCAGCGAGAGAUCGAAAAUCAGUGUCAUUGAUUCGCCAGAAGUCAGGCCAAGACGGCCUCUUUUUUCUGUUGGAGAGUAUGAGUUGUUGGAUCGUGUUGAGGUGGUUGUUGGUUCUGUAUGGUCUGAAGGUGUUGUGAGAGGGAUUGUCUUCAAGGGACGGUACAUGGUUAGUUUCGGGAAAACAAAGGUGGCCUCUGUGCAAGUCAGUUGCUCUGAUAUUAGGCCUCCAAUGGAGUGGGAAGAUGGGAUCUGGCACAAAAGACCAAAGACAAAAUCCAAAUUCUUUGGCAAGUAUUAUAGUCGUAAGAGGAAACGAGGACAUGUACAACACAAGUCAGACCUCAAUGAUACUGUGCGAACCCCUACUACUUUGGUGAAGAACUUUGCUUCUAAUGUGGAGGACACUCAAGCAACGGACACAAUGAGGGUUCUGCCCUUUGCAAAUAAGUCACCGUUGUGGAAGAUUUAUGAAACAAUGGAAGUCUUCAAGAAACUGCCACAAAGUCCUCAUUUUAGCCCGUUGAUUGAGUCGACUAGUGAAGAUUUCCGUGAAGGGUCUGCGUUAGGAAUGAUGGCUACCUUUUCUGGAUUAUUUGAGAAACUGAAAGAUAUGGAGUCCGACGUGACCAUAAGCCAACUAGAUAGCCUCAAAGACUCGUUUACCAAGCUAGAGGAGCAUGGAUUUGAUGUUACAAGGCCUUUAUCACGGAUCAACAAGCUGUUGGCUCUCAAGGGUAGACAACUGAAAAUAUUGGAGGGACGUAGAGGUCUUGACAAAGAGAGGAUGGAUGAAUCUAGCAUAAGGCGCAAGGCUGAACUAGAGUUUGGUGAGACGGAGCGCAAGAUGGUUGAGGUUAAACGCAAGAUUCUCGAGCUUCAAAGGCAAGAAGCGGCUCUGAAAGAGCAGAAGGAAGCGGCGGAAGAACAGAAGGAUCAAGCCUGCAGAAAAAUAUGGAAGGUGGAGUCAUGUGCGAGAGAUCUUGGUGUAAAGCUUGAAGAUGUGGAGUUUGAUUUUGAGACAAUUUUGUCUGCUCCUUGGUAAGUUAAAACAAAAACAAAAGGUGAAGAAGAGUGAAAUAUAUGUGUCAUUGAAGCUGAUGUGGUAAAGACUUUUUUUUGUAUGUUCACCUGAUGUGGUAAAGAUUAGUAAUGUCUUGACAAUGUUAUUGAAAUUGUAUUUUGCUUUUUCAUUGUGCUAAGUCUUAACUUGGAAAAUCUUAAUCCCAAGUUUCUAAACACAAGUAUUGUAGUUGCACAGAGGUUAUUGGAAGUUUUGGUUGAUUUUAAGAACAACAAAUUUGUUAAAUUUUUAAAGAGUUACGGAAACUUUUGUUUUUUUUUGUAGCACGUCUAACUUCACUCUAUUUUUCGUUCUAAAAUAGUGUUUAGAGUAAAAAUGUUACAAUGGUAUUUUAUUUCUCACUCUAUAAUAGAGCGAACUAUUAAAAUAAAGUAUCAUUUGAGCAAACUCAAACUCUAUUAGAGUAAAAAUGUUACAAUGGUAACUUAUUUUUAUUUUGUUGAUCACUCUAUUUUCUACCUUAAAAUAGAGUAUCAUUUGAGCAAACACAAACUCUAUUACAGAGUUACUCUAUUUUAGAAUGAAAAAUAGAGUAAACUAUUGGAGAUGGUCUUACAGAUUCAGAUUGAUUUUGUAAAUCAAGAUGGUAACUCUACAUCCAUAUGAACGACAAAAGACGGUUGUUUUCUGACACUGCGUGCUAGACCAUCCGUCAUCUUAUUCUUCGUUCGAGGUAUAUGAAUGAUCUCUGAGUUUACGAAACUUUCUGUCCAAAAUCUUUAUGUUUUACGGACACACUUCAAAAGCUUUGUUAAUUUAUGAAUUUUGUUUAGAAAAAUAAUACUUCAAAAACUUAGAGAUAUACAUAUAACACAUGAUGACUUUGGAAGUUUCAAAACAUAAUAACACGUAAAUCUUGAAUAACAAUGAACUUUAUGAGAAAUUAUAAAUCAGAAUUAAUAAAGAACUAAAUCUUGAGAUGUUUGUUUUCAUUUUUAUAUACAUAAAUAUUUGUUUUAGAUCAUUAAUGGUAUAUACUUUAACGUUAAUCAUAUACUUAGAUAUUUAUAUAACUAUUUCAAAUAUAAUAAUUUUAUAAUUUACACAUUAUAAUUAAUAAAUUUUUUAAAACCGUCACAUGUAUUUGUUACUUCUUAUUAUAUAUUUAUCUUAUUCUAGUUGUAUUUAGUUAUUAAACAAAUUAAUAUAUUCAUGAGAAAACUUAUUUGAAAAUUAUUUUAUAUUUUAUUUAUGCUAAAUUCUGAUCCUCCCCUUCAAAACUGGAUUUUCUUUUACCAAUAUCUUUUAUGCUUAUUCAUUUUAGAUAAAAUAUUAUUAUAUAUAUAAGUCUAAGAUAUGUUAAUUUUUAGACACGUUUUAUAUUUUUAACAUAGAUAGUUUAGAUUAAUGAAAAUAAAAUUUAUCAAUUUUAUAUACUUUUAUCAUAUUUAGUUAAAUAUGAUAAUUGUAUUUUAACAUUAUAAUUAUAAAAUAGAUAAAAUAGGAUAGAAUUUUAAUUUUUAAUUUUAUAAAGGAUAAAUGAAUAUAUUAAUGUUUAAUAAUAUUUCAAAAAUAAUUUCUACGUUAGUGGAAAUAUUUAACUAUAAUUUUUGAAAAUUAAGAUCUUGUUAAAAUCUUCCUAAAAAGAUUUGUUAAAAAAAAUUAAAAAAAAUAUUUAUAUUUAAAAUGAAAAGAUAUCAAAAGAUAUUAUGAUUAAAGUAGUUCAAAGAUUCGAUAUAUUAGUAGUCUCAAUAUAAUAAUUUUCUUUUAAUAAUAAUCUCAAUAUAAUAAGAUUCUAAAAAUAGGAUAUAAUUUUUAUUUAUAAACGUUAACUGAAUAUAUUAAUGUUUAAUAAUAUUUCAAAAAUAAUUUCGAAGUUAGUGGAAAUAUUUAACUAUAAUUUUUGAAAAUUAAGAUCUUGUUGAAAUCUUCGUAAACCGAUUUGUUAAAAAAACUUAAAUAAAUAUAUUUAUAUUUAAAAUGAAAAGAUAUCGAAAGAUAUUAUAAUUAAAGUAGUUCAAAGAUUUUUUAGGCUUCUAUAAUGUUGUAAAUGUCUAUUCUUUACCAAGAUCAAUAAAUUUCACAUUUCAUAAAAAAAAGUAGUUCAAAGAUUCUAUAUAUUAUUAGUUUUAAUAUAAUAAUAAAUAAAAAUUUUAAAUCAAGGUCUAAAUUAAAAAACAAACAUGAAAUAAGUCAUAAUUUUUAUUUUAAUAGAUAAACAACAAUAUAAUAUGAAAAUAUUAACGCAAUACAAUUUUCAGAAAAUCCAUUAGAGAAGAAAAGGAAACCGGGUUCGUAUCACGUGUCACUGGUGUUUGGUUGUAUGAACUGAACGGUUAUUUUAUUGAUGGGUCAAUGAACGAAUCGAAGAUUGCGUUUUAGACUGUAAACGGGGGAUCGGAUAUGCGGAAUAACCGGUCGAGUCCAGUUUUGACAACACUGUCCGGUUCAUAAACUUCUCCAGCCGCCUUGAUCUCUCUGUUUUGCGAUCGUGACUCUCAGGUCUUCUGAGGCUGUAUGUAAUAGCCUCGAUCUCUAAUUCAUAUUCUCCUGUCGAACUCUCUUCUUCUUCUCUCUCUCGAGAGUCGCCAGGCCGUCCAAAGGCAAUAACAUUACAUUUGUGUUGGAUUAGGAUUUCAUAAUUAAACAUUUACGCAAAUCAACAUUCUAAGAUCCACGGUCGUACCGGAGCUCGUCUUCCCCGACCAACUCGACAUUCUAAGACCCACGGUCAAGCCAUACUUAGCUUGGGUUGUGAAAAAAUCGAAGACGGACAUGCAUUCUCAUCCGGCAGACCAUCCAGACAGUCCCGCAAGCGUCCUUAUCUUUAUCCCGUGUAUCCAUCUGGUUCAGAUGAACCUGGACAUUGUCUGAAGGGUCAUCUUUGACCAAUCUGCAUGGAAGACUGAGUCUUUGACUCACUAAUUCAGAUAUGGUCAAAUUUGUAUUUUCUAUGCAUUAUUUUCCGUGUAUUUUCUUUAUUAGUCUUUGACUACAAACACUAUAAAUAUGAAGUCUCAUUCUAUGAAUAAAAGAAGUCUAAGUUUGAGUUUA